AUGACAGGCAAAUGGUUUGAAAGCACGUCCUGGUCAGACACAGGCAGCUCCGAUAAAAAAUCAAACCAAGAAGCACCUGCUCCGAAGAAACAAUAUUCGCCGUCCCGCGGAGCGGCCUUGCCACAGGAUCAAUUAGAAGCUAUCCUCCAAGCGGCAGCCGUCGAAAGAGGUACGGACAUCCGGCGACAACAUAGGGUAGUAGACGUGGAGCAGAACGCAAAUGGUGUCACUGCAAUAGUGGUCGAUUCUCAGGGCAAGGAGACACAAAUCGGAGGCUCGUAUCUCAUCGCCGCAGACGGCAAUCGCAGCACAGUUCGCGAGCUACUCCAGAUCCCACGGAAUGGGCGCGGUCAUAUGCAGACCAUACGCAGUGUCCUGUUCCGUGCUCCCUUGGAGCCGUAUAUGCAGGGAGUGCACCAAUUUAAUAUUGAUCAGCCGGAUCUCAAAGCGUUUAUGACGACCUACAAUGACGGCCGGUGGGUGUUGAUGUUUCACGAUGACGUUGAGCGUGAUGAGCCCACCCUUCGUUCGGCGAUCAACCAAGCCAUCGGUAGAUCGGACAUACCGAUUGACAUAAUUACGACCGGUCGCUGGGACUUAGCAGCUCUUGUCGCAGACACCUUCCAGUCAGGGCGUGUUUUUCUCGCCGGUGAUGCGGCACACACGCUGCCACCGAACCGAGGAGGAUAUGGAGCAAACACAGGAAUCCACGAUGUUGAUAACCUCGCCUGGAAACUCGCUGCCGUUCUAUUGGGCAAGUCAUCGCCCGAACUUUUAGACACAUACGAUGCAGAACGGCGUCCCGUGGCCCUCCUUCGCCAUGAUCAAAUAUUUGCCCGAGCCGAUUACAAAGUCCACCUCGACAAGGCCACGCCCACCGGUAAAAAGCUCGAUGAUAAUGCGAUGGAGUUUGGACAACUGUAUCUAUCGAAGGGCUUCAUUGGAGUCAGCAAUAACCUCCCGCGAGCGCUGAAGCCAGACGAAUGGGCUGGCCAGCCGGGUACCCAUGUGCCACAUUUCUGGGUCACUCAAGGUGGCAACCCCUUUUCAAUCUUAGAUGUGGUGGGUGGGGACUCAUGGGCACUAGUCUCUGAGUCGGCAGAGUGGGGGGACGUGGUGGCUCAGGCAGAUCUCAGAUCAUUGGUUUCGUUGAAGCAUGUUUGCAUCGGAAGAGAUGUUCAAUUUGCUGGCGAAGGUAGCUUCCAAGAGGCACUGGGAGUAUCCGCCACUGGCGCAUCGCUCCUGCGACCAGAUGGGUAUAUUGCGUGGAGGACGGAGGGAAUGCCAGCAAACCCUGCCAAAUGCCUCAAUGAUGUUGUGGCUAAGGUCUCCUUUCGGGCGAAUAGCCGCCAGAACUGA